CAACGGCCAGUUGCUGAAGGAGAAAACAGCCGCUUCCGUGUUGUUUCUUGUGUUUUUACCAGCCGUUGGUCGUUAGCGCGUCCGAGGUCGAUGUCAUGAUUCAGUGAAGCCGACACGCACUCUCUGUUUCCCGGCUCCCCCGCGCCGCCAUGUCGCUGCUGCAGAGCUCCAGGAAGAAAGACAAGCGCAUUCUGUCCGGUACCUGCCCGGACCCGAAAUGCCAGGCGAGGCUGUUCUUCCCGGCGCACGGCUCCGUUAGCAUCGAGUGCACCGAGUGCGGCCAGCGGCACGAGCAGAGGCACCUGCUGAACGUCGAGGAGGUGACCGACCCGGAUGUGGUGCUGCACAACCUGCUCAGAAACGCCCUGCUGGGCGUCACGGGGGCCCCGAAGAAAGGCACGGAGCUGGUGAAGGUGAUGGGUCUGUCCAACUACCACUGCAAGCUGCUGUCUCCGGUGCUCACCAGGUACGGCAUGGACAAGCAGACCGGCAAGGCCAAGCUGCUGAGGGACAUGAACCAGGGCGAGAUGUUCGACUGCUCGCUGCUGGGGGACCGGGCCUUUCUCAUCGAGCCGGAACACGUCUCCACCAUGGGCUACGGCAAGGACCGGUCCGGCAGCCUGGCGUACCUCCACGACACCCUGGAGGAGGUGAAGAAGGCCAACGGCGGCGGGGAGUGUCUGAUCCCGGUCCACGUGGACGGGGACGGGCACUGCCUGGUGCACGCCGUGUCCCGGGCGCUGGUGGGCAGGGAGCUCUUCUGGCACGCCCUCAGGGAGAACCUGAAGCAGAACUUCAAGCAGAACGUGGACCGCUACAAGGCGCUCUUCCAGGACUUCAUCGACGCCGCCGAGUGGGAGGACAUCAUCAACGAGUGCGACCCGCUCUUCGUCCCGCCGGAGGGCGUGCCGCUCGGCCUGCGCAACAUCCACAUCUUCGGCCUGGCUAACGUCCUCCACCGGCCCAUAGUGCUGCUGGACUCGCUGAGCGGCAUGCGGAGCUCCGGGGACUACUCGGCCACCUUCCUGCCGGGCCUGGUGGCCGAGGAGCGGUGCCGGGGGAGGGACGGGACCCUCAACAAGCCCAUCUGCAUCGCGUGGAGCAGCUCGGGCCGCAACCACUACAUCCCCCUGGUGGGCAUCAAGAACGCGGUGCCGCCCAAGCUGCCGGCCCGCCUGCUGCCGAAGGCCUGGGGCGUCCCGCAGGAGCUGAUCCGCAAGUACGUGGAGCUUGAGCCGGACGGGGGCUGCGUGAUCGGCGGAGACCGCAGCUUGCAGGACAAGUACCUGAUGCGCCUGGUCAACGCCAUGGAGGAGGUGUUCAUGGAGAAGCACAGCAUCCACCCCUCGCUGGUGGCUGACGUGCACCAGUACGUCUACCGGCGCACCGGCGUGAUCGGCGUCCAGCCCGAGGAGGUGACGGAGGCGGCCAAGAGGUCGGUGACGGAGAACCGGCUGCACCGAUGCCUGAUCUGCGGCGCCCUCUCCGAGCUCCACGUGCCGCCGGAGUGGCUGGUUCCCGGCGGGAAGCUGUACAACUUGGCCAAGUCCACCCACGGGCAGCUCCGGCCCGACAAGAACUACAGCUUCCCCCUCAACAACGUGGUCUGCUGCUACAACCCGCAGAGGGACGUCCUGGCGCCGGACUACAAGCUCAGCUCCCUCGCCACCUGCAACUGGUGCCACGGCACGUCGGUGCGCCACGUCCGCGGCGACGGGGCGGUGGUCUACCUGGACGGGGACCGGACCAACGCGCGCUCCCAGGGCGGCAAGUGCGGCUGCGGCUUCAAGCACCACUGGGAAGGGAAGGAGUACGACAACCUGCCCGAGGCCUUCCCCAUCACGCUGGAGUGGGGGGGGCGCGUGGUGAGGGAGACGGUGUACUGGUUCCAGCACGAAGUCGAGCCGGCGCUGAACAGCAACGUGUACGACGUGGCCAUGAAGCUGGUGACUAAGCACUUCCCCGGGGAGUUCGGCAGCGAGAUCCUGGUGCAGAAAGUGGUGAACACCAUCCUGCACCACACCGCCAAGAAGAACCCGGACGAGUACAACCCAGUGUCCAUCGCCGGGGCCCACGACCAGCGGCUCACGGACGCCACCGAGACGCCGCCGCCGGAGGCCCGGACGCCGCCCACCAAGAUCAUCCUGACCGGUCAGAAGGCCAAGACGCUGCACAGGGAGGAGCUGACGAUGAGCCGGGCGGAGCGCGGCGUCCAGCAGAGCAUCGGCGAGCAGGCGCCGGUCAACCAGAAGAGGCGGACCGACCGACUGCGGCAGGAGGAGGAGAAGAGCCGCACGUCUGUGCCGGAAACCUCCUCCUCGGCGCCGGCCACCCCGACCAAGUCCUCCGCCGCCUCCUCCUCCUCCUCCUCGCCGUCUAACAAGGAGAAGAAGAUCCGCGUGACCACCAGCGACGGCCGGCAGGCCAUGCUGACCCUGCCGGUCCACACCACCUUCUCGGAGCUGCAGAGGAGCGUGGCCGAACAGUUCGGCGUGCCGCCGGCGCGGCAGUGCAUCCGGCACGGCUUCCCGCCCAGGGAGCUUCCGCCACCCAAGGACGGCGAGGAGAACGAGCCGACAGCGCUGCAGCACGGCGACCGGGUGACUGUAGAGAUCCUGAAGGCGCCCGAGGACGAGGGCCCCGCCCCCUCUGCAGCCACCGCGCCGAGGGCCUCCGGCUCGCACGCGGCGAGGAGCGAGGAGGAGGAGGAGGAGGCGCCGCCCGGCAGGGCGAGCAGCCGCGGCCUCCAGGAAGGCAUCGACCUGGAGAUGUCGUCCCUCUGUCUCCUAGCAACCCUGAUGGGUGAGGACGUCUGGUCGUAUGCGAAGAAGCUGCCUCACUUAUUCCAGCAGGGCGGCGUCUUCUACAACAUCGUGAAGAAGGACAUGGGCCUGAUGGACGGGAAGCACUGCACGCUGCCUCACCUCACGGGCAAAACCUUCGUCUACAACGCGGCGGAGGCUCGCCUGGAGCUCUGCGUGGACGCCGCCGGCCACUUCCCCGUGGGCCCCGACGUGGAGGAGCUGGUGAAGGAGGUGCUGGUGCAGCUGCGCUCCGACGGCACCACCAGGGGCAGCAGAGAGGGAAGCCCCUCCCACGGCCUCCUGCGGCUGGGCGGCGGCGGCGUCGUCCACAAGAAGGAACGUCUGCAGAGCGUCACCGCCUUCCAGGGCAAAGGCCACUCCUUGGGCAGCGCCGGGGGCUCCUCCCCCCCAGAGCACCGGCCAAUCACGCGCCAGCACAGCAGCGGGGUGGACCUGAGCGCCAGCGUGUCCCGGGACCCCCCCGACCUGUCAGACAUCCCCGAGGACGCCACCAGGGAGCUGGUCCGCAUGGCGCCGGGCUUCGUCACCACGAAGGAGGGCCGCGGCCUGGACCCCGGCCUGAUGGAGCAGCAGCGCAGGAAGCUGCAGGAGAUGGUGUCCUCCAUCCAGGCCUCCAUGGAGCGCCACCUGAGGGAGCAGCAGAGCGACGCUGCUGCAGGGGGCGGGACUAAGACGGGGGCCGGCCAACCGCCGUCUACGCUGGUCGUGGAGGAGGAGCAACGUCCGCCCGCGGCGGUGCCUGGCAAACCGGAGGGGAAAGGGGCGGAGCCGGAGGAGAUGGAGAGUCAGGACGGCGAGCAGACCAACGCCACCGAACCCAUGGACCACUCCUGAUCGCCCCUCCGGCUUGUGGUGGUGUGUCGUCGUCUUGCUGCAUGACUGGGUGGCGAGCGGAGGGCCCGCCUUCCACUGGGAGCCCUUUCUAUUUUUUUUACGUCUUCACAACCCCCCCAUGUUUACUCGCCCCGAUGCUACAGCUUGGUCAGGUGACCUGCAGGUAACCAGCGUCACUGCUUCACCUCAGAGACAUCAGCGAGUCCUUUGUGAUGCUACAUAGAUGAAAUGCUUCCUGACAUUUCUCCAUCUGAUUGUUGCUGUCGGCCUAAUAAUUAAUUAAUUAAUUCCAUCAGACGGUCCAGUGCCUGAAACCGUUAAACCGUUAAAUGAAUGUUUAUUAAAGUCUUUAGCGGCGAUACAAACACAAGCGUGAAGAAAGCUCAAAUAAAAAAGGUCCACACUCGUUUCCUGCAGGUUAGACUUUAAUCACCUCUAAUGAAGUAAGUGACGGGGGGUGAAGUCUUCUAGAAUAAAGUAUGAAAUAAAGUUUCUGUUUCCAGGAAACAGGAACGGAGGGCGUGACCUUUCACCUCUGUCCAUGGAAGACAUGAGAAAGAAGAGCUUCUGUUCUACGAUGUCUUUAUAUUGAAGUUGUCACGGCAUCGGUCCACUCGGGUUCCCGUUGGGUCAUCGGUCCACUCGGCUUCCCGCUGCCUCGCCAAGCGAUCGGGUCAUUGAUCCGGUUUGAGCCGCUGAGGCUGCGUGGUCGGUUUUGGGUUUAAGUCCCAGAACAUUUAGUUCCUUCAAAGACGCGCUGGCUUCUGCUCCUCGGCCGAAGGUUCAGGGAAGCAAAGAGUGAACAGUUUGACUCGAGAUUUGAUGCUAAUGAAAGACGUCUGCAACCGUUUUCCCAGCAUGCUUUGCAGCACUUCUCACCACCGCGAUCUCUUUGAAUACGCUCAUCCUCCUGCUUGUUGAGGGCCAGCUUCAGUUAGCUUCAGCUUAGCUUAGCACAAACACUGGAAACGAGGAAACCAAUAUACAAUAUAAAUAAUUAAAGUGUCAAAACAAAGACUCUAGACUUCAUGCUAAGCUAAUCACAAACAUCACAUGACUAUUUAAAGAGACUUUAUUGCCAACAAAAUGUCUCCAUCUUUGUUUUUAGGGGGGACUUUUCCUCAAGCCUUAAAAUCUGCUUUAACCUAAAAAAAAUAUUUUCACUCAAAUCCUUGAGUCCGACUUUUAGAUUUGAACAAUUAUUUGUGUCUUUUUCAGGGCGAAAAUAAAACAGAUCUCAGGUCUGUAAAACGUGAACGAGCUUUAUUUUGACGUUGAAGCAAACAAACACGAGACUCGGCACUUUGCUUCAGGGCCGGUGGAGUAAACCGCCCAGGACGUUAGCGAAGCAUGCUAACGUUAGAGUAGCAUGCUAACAUUAGCCGGAGGGGGAAGUUUUCUUUGCGGCUGCUGUACGCUGACAUGAAUUGUAACCCAGUUGUAUAAUAGUAAAUAUUGUAGUAUAUUUGGACUUGUACAGAAACUACGGAAACAGAUUGUUCACUUUCUUCACUUUUUUUCUCUGGUUUGCUAAUAAAAUAUCGACAAUACGUGGCUUCGACAUCGCUGGUUGCAUGUGAUGAAUUUUCAACCCCAACAAUAAAUUCACUUCCUUCACUC